CCUGGGGGAGACCACUGGGAGGCUUCAAUAUGGCCAAGGCGUCCAGAAAACCAUCAGAGCCUAAUACAGAGACAGACCAACCAACCUCAAGUUCCAAACAGGGGAAGAUGAAGAAGGUUCCUGGUCAACCCAAAUCCGAAAAUGGUGGCAAAGCACUGAAGAAAGCCACAAAAGUUAAAAAAAACCUUCAAAGGACUUUGAGCAAAAAGGUCUCUGAAAAACCUACCAACUCUAUAAGAAAGUCGAAAAAAACUAGACAAUCAACAAGAUUUGGCCAUUAUCACCGGUUGAAUGAGACACUGCGUCAGAAUGAUCCAGAGCAGAACCAAGAGGAAGUGCAGAAGCCCAUCAGUGGAAGAAAAGACCUGGGCAGCCAGGUUACUUCAGAGUGAGACCGGGCACCUCAGAAAUAUCCAUGAAGUCUGAGAAAUUGCCAAGUGUGUACACAUUGAAUUUUACAGCAACAGGGUACACUGAUGGUAAUUCAAUAAAAAUCAAUUUGUGAAAA